GUCCGUUACGUCGCUCUCCUCCCGGGCCCGCCCGCCCGCCGGCCCGGCCGGCCGCCUGUCAGAGGGAGGCGGAGGGCGGGAGGCAGGGAUGGUGCGGCUGCGGGCGGCGGCGUCUCCGUCUCCUUCUCGGUUCUGGUCUUUCGGCUUGACUCGUCUCGGCUGGGCUCGGGGCCGGACGCCGCGCUUACCUCCAGCGCGAGCGCGCGAGUGACCGCCUGACUGAAUGAAUGACCGGCCGGGGCCGCCGCUGCCGCGCGCGCCAUGAGGAGCCUGCCCAGCCUGGGGGGCAUCGCCCUGCUCUGCUGCUGCGUGGCCGCCGCCGCCACCCCGGUCCCCACCUCAGUCUCCGCCUUCCCCGCCACCUCUGCCGCCGGGACUGUCCCAACCCCGGCGGCCGGACGGGACCGCGCCCCCUCGCCUCCCCCCUCCGGAGCCGCCGACGCUGGUGGUGACGGGGAACGCGACCCGGGUGCUGCGAAGCAGGUGGAGGAGCCGGUCAGUCACGCCCCCAUCACGGUCAGCGCGGCCGCCAGCCCCGCGGCUGAGGGGACCCCAGAGCUCGAGCCGGAGCCCACGCCCCGCAGGACCGAGGCCGCUCCCACGGGCCCCAGCAGCGCCCUGACCACAGCGCCCCAGGUCCUGAUCCCGACCCCAACUUUGAUUCUGACUACAACGACCCAGACAGUGGCUGCGACCCAGACCGCGACCCUGACCUUGACCCCAUCUGUGCUCUGGAGCAGCCCCUCGCCCACCCCACCUGCGGACCAGCCUGGCCAGCCCGCCAGCCCCACGCCCAGAGAACACAUGUGUAACUGCAGUAUAGUUGGAAGCCUGGAUGGGAAUCGAUGCAACCAAACCACAGGGCAGUGUGAGUGUCAUCCAGGCUACAGAGGGCUUCACUGUGACUCCUGCAAGGAGGGCUUUUAUCCAACCAGCACCAGUGUCCAAGGGCUCUGUCUCUCUUGUGACUGCAAUCCCCGUGGAGCCAUCAGCCCAACUUGUAGCAGCUCUGGGAAAUGCCAGUGUAAAGUGGGUGUUGGAGGUUCCAAAUGUGACCACUGCCAAGAUGGGUAUUAUGGCUUCAAUGAGAAUGGCUGUCUGCCCUGCCAAUGCAAUAAUCAGUCUGUCACUUGUGAUCCCCUCUCAGGUACCUGUUUGAACUGCCAAGGAAACAGCAAAGGAAGCCACUGUGAAGGAUGCAAAGAUGGUUUCUAUAAGAGUCCCACUGCCUUCCAUGAAUGUCUCCGGUGCCCUUGCUCAGCAGUGACGUCUACUGGCAGCUGUUUCAUACAUUCUGGGGAGUUGGUGCCUAAAUGUGAUGAAUGCAGAGAGGGUUACACAGGUCCAAACUGCAAUGCCUGUGAAAAUGGCUAUUACAACUCUGACAGCAUCUGUUUGAAGUGUGAGUGUGGUGGUCAUGUUGACUCUAUUAAAACUCCGAAGAUCUGCAAGCCAGAGAGUGGUGAAUGCAUUGACUGCCUCCACAAUACUACUGGCUUUCACUGUGAGAACUGCUGGGAAGGCUAUGACAGAGACUUCAAAGGAAACUGCAUCAAGAAAGAAAUUGUUGCUGCGACUGAAGGGUCUACCACUUUGGUUUCUAAUGCCACUUUGUCUACAUCACCCCCCACUACGGUUGCAAAUAGUACAUUUACCCCUACCACUCUGCAGCCUAUCUUUUCAAUAGGAUCUUCUGAAAAUAGCACCUCAGCAUUAGCUGAUGUAUCAUGGACUCAAUUCAACAUCAUCAUUUUGACUGUCAUCAUCAUUGUGGUGGUCCUGCUCAUGGGAUUUGUGGGGGCUGUGUACACAUACAGGGAGUAUCAAAACCGAAAACUCAAUGCCCCCUUUUGGACCAUUGAACUGAAAGAAGACAACAUCAGUUUCAGCAGUUACCAUGACAGCAUACCCAAUGCUGACGUGUCUGGCUUAUUAGAAGAUGAUGGCAAUGAGGUGGCUCCCAAUGGACAGCUAACACUCACAACUCCCAUGCAUAACUACAAAGCUUAAGACCUGAAUAGAGUGAACCAAAUUCCCCUAGUGUUGCUAAAGCUACAAUGCUUAUUGAAGGGAGCAGCAGCAGCAGUGGUGCCCAGGGGCAGAGCCUGGCUUUGCUUGCUGAAAAAGCAAAGGUGUGUAGUGCAUCCAAAAUUUCAGGUAAAAAUUUGUAAUGCCUUCAGCCUGUCAUCCUUCAUUUCCCCAAGAAGAUCCAUAGAAUUCAUUGUUGUUAAGGACUUGAAGCAAAAUAUAUUUUUGUACCCAGCCAUGCAGGAGUGUGUAGCAAGACCAAACUCUGUAGUGAAUCUCGUAUCCAACUUCCUGAGAAGCUCCUGGGGAAGCCAGUGUCCACUAAGCAGUCUGCCACAGGAUGAUUGAUGUUUGUUUAGGAGGAAAAGGACUGCUGGAAGUCUUCAUAUACAUUCCUAAUACACAUUUCUUUUCAAGAUGGGGCAGGGAUGGAUCUCCAUUUUACUCUUCUGAGAGAUUUCAAUGAGAAAAGACUGAUGAGCCACAAGCAUUGCAAUAAGCGAAUCUCUAUUGUUUCUGGAAUCGGGGACAUGAAUUCUAAAGAGAUUCUUGGAAAGUUUCUCUUUACUGAAUUAUCACCUAGUGAUAGAAUAAAGUGCAGGGUGAGACUCUUGGGCUGGAAGAGAGAAUGAAGCAAUAUUCAUGAUGAGGAAGCUGAUGAUCCACUUCAGGGUCUCAGUUUGAUAUCAAUGCCCCAGCCUUUCUAGAAACAAUGUGUAUAUAGAUAAUGUAGCAUAUCUUAUCAACAUUGCAUUUGUAACUAUUUGUAAAAAAAAAAUCAUGUCAUAUUUUAUCAUCUAGAAUUUAUUUGUACAGCAGAAGUUAGUGGCAUUGUAAAAAAGAAAAUACAAGAAUUGGAUAAAAUACUGUAAAAUAGAUGGCAAUAUUGCUGGAGCUGGGACUCUGGUGAAUAUUGAUCAUUUUAAGUUCCUCUAUGGACGUCAUGGGCAAUUUUUAAGAGGUUGAGUAUUUCUUUUCUAUUAUCUUCUCACCCUUCAGUCCCUCCUUCCUGCAAUUCAGCCUUAGAAUUACUCACCUUUUGACUUUAAAAGGAUGUGAAUAGUUAAAUAUAGUCAAGAAAUAAGGUUCAGUAGAUUUUGAAGUCAAGGGCUAUCUUGGAUUGCAAAAUCUUGUCACUUCUCACUUAAUGAGAUACUAUCUCACUCUUCGUAAGCAUCUAAUUUUACAUCACGUAGAUGAAUGUGACUUGGUAGUUGAUAUAUAAAUUUCAUUUUGCUAGUAGUCUCCUGGAUGUAAAUGGUAGUCUUCCGAAGGAAAUGGGGGAAUUCUCAUUUUAAAAGAAAUGAAGGGUUCUUGUCAUAUCACCAGGGGCCCCUAUUCUUCCUCUCUGUAAAAUAUCUAUAUUUUGAUUUCCCCCUCUCAAAAAAAAAUGUUCUUACUCAAAUGUUGGUUCACUGUGCCAAUUUUGCUCUGCUUAUGAAGACGUAUAACAAGCUGUCCAAUUUGCAUAGGGUCUCUACUUCUCAUGCUGCGUAGAGUGGGGUUAGGGGACUGGGCCUGGAAAGAUAGAAAGUGCUCACUAACCAGAACAUAUAUUGGUCCAUCCCUUCUUCACAAACAACUCCAAGAGUGACUAUAUGUAUGAAGUAGCUAUGCAGUGAGGUGUCCAAGCACGGUCCUCAUUUUAAGACAUAAUGCAUGCUUGGAAACCAUAUCUCAAGGCAUAUUACAAAAAAAGUAAAGUCUUGACUUUGGAUGCAGGUUAAAGCCAUCAAUCAAGCUGGCUUUUUAAAAGAAAUAUUGAGGAGUAAAGGAAGCAGCAGCAGGAUAUAUAGGAAAAGGGCCUGGACUAAGAGUCAACAGACCUACUUCCUGGUUCCUGCUUUAUUGAUAAUUAGCUCUGUGACCUAGCUAAAUCACUAAACAUCCGUGAACCUGAAUUUUUUUAUCUACAGGAUAAGACAAUUCAGAUAAGACAAUUCAGCUUCAUAAUCGCUAAAAUCCCUUCUAGGCAUGGAAUUCUGCGAUUCUAAGUACGGAUAUCAGUAAGCAAUAUGGAAUGAGCAGUAUGUCAAAAGAAGAAUUCAAGUGGACUUAUUUGUCUAAAUGAGAUCAGAGUCAAAGGCUAGUUCACAUCUAGCACUAAGAUACCACUCUGUAGAAGGUCUUCCAGGUCAGUCCUUUGACUUUGCUGGUGUUUUAGUUGUUACCUGCUGUGGUUACUCACUGCUUGUGGCCUAAUAGCAGUUACUUGCGGGGAGAACAGACAGUCAAUUUCUACAUUCAGUCAUGGCCAACAGAAAUAGGGGGAAAUUGCAUAGACAGGUGAAACCAUCUAUAAGGAUGUUCCAUUGUUUUAGAGGAACAUGCCAUUGAUGAGCUCCACUCCACUGAAACUGAUGUUGAUUCUAUUUGUGAUACUAAUAAGAUGUCCACCUUGCCAGCUUAUAUUCUUUUAAAACAAAACAGACACAGGAGGAAUUCAGUGUUUGUGAAUAGAAAAUAAGGUGAAUUUUAGUGUUCUAAAAGUUUGAUCCAGGCAGUCAGGACUUUUAUCCACACAUGGAUAUCAGAAUAAAGCCCUUAAAAAGGAAUGGUGAAGAAUUGAAAGUGCUUAUCAACUACUAUUCCCAUUCCCCCUUUCAUACAACAUCUUGUGUAACUCUAGACAAUAAAAUGUCUUUUAAUGUUUUAGUAUCCCCUAGCCUUGCUUUUAGAAAUGAUUCUUUAUUGUGAUAAUGAAUUAAAAUGUGACCCACUACUUGCAAUAGUAUGCAAAAAAACCCCAAUUUUAAUGUUAGAAGCCCUGGAGUUUAUAAUUUUGCAAACUAACAAAUGAAUAUGACUUCUCUGCACAUCAUCAACUCCUAUAACGAAAAAAGUCUUCAUAAACUAUAGGAUAGUGAACAUGAUUUGGAAAACCCAACGGUUGGAAGGAUCUAGAUGUUAGAAAUCUUUAGGAAUUAGUGUAUCACUAAAUAAGACAAAACUACCUUAUGUGAAUUUGAUUGGGAAAAGAACAGAUGUUGAUUGCUACCAGGUGAUGACUUCAUCUCUGCCACCUCUAUCAACAUUUCAGGAAGCAGAUUCCCAAAUGGGGUCAGCGCUAGGCAAAAUUGCUAAAUAGAUCAAUUUUGUCCUGAGUGUCUACUAUAUGCAGGGCAUUGGAUGUUCUGCUGAAUAUCAUUUACCCUUUAUUUGUUCUCUUCGAUCUUUUGGACCCCAAAUAUCCAGUAAUCUCCAGAUACCUGGCUUUUUCCACUCUCAGAGAACUCCUUCAUUGAUGAAUUCAUUCCAUUGUCUUAGGGACUCAAUAAUGUUACGCACAAACAUGUGUUUGUGUUUUUAAAAAGGAUAGUGGAUGUUGGGGAUAGAAGGGAAAGAUUUUUGGAUUGGGGACCUUAAAUCACACCAUAUAUAUAAGUCUACUAUGCCCACCAUUUCUGGCCUCAGAGAUCCUAGGAAAUUCACUUCCUGUCUAGGAUUCUUCCUCUUAAUCAGGGACCUAAAGCAAUCACCCUUACUUUGCAUCUUGAAUUGAAAUUAGCACUAUAGGACAUUUAGUUUGGGACUUUAAAGGUAGAGGCGGGGGUGCUUCCUAGAAUAUAUGUUGAUCUAUGUUCCCAUCCCUCAAGGAAGAUAGUUCUUUAUCAAGGAACAUGUAUCAUCAUUUGAAUUAAUUACCAUUAUACACUGAGCAUCAUCUGAUUUGUGUGCAUUAAGAAAAUAAAACUUACCCAUUCAUGGAAAAGUUCUAAGACAUUUUAGAUAGGUAGGGCAGAAAGGUGAAAAUAAUCCAGAGAAGGAAAAGAAACCCUGUCAAGUCUCCCAAAAAUCCUUUGUAAGUGGAGAGUUGGUUGGUCUUCUUUGGGCGGGGGGGUGGGGAGGGUGGCGGAGAUCAGUAACAGAAGGGUUAUUUGCAGGGGUAAAAGUCUACACUCUGGAUAUUAGCCGAUGCCUGCCCAGGGAAAAAGCAAGAGCCAUUUUAACUAAUAGGAACUUGUCUGAAAGAACCAAAUGAUAUCCUAGGGACCAAAGGCUUUUGAUCAAUAAGGUAUCAGUGGUUGAAUGAAGUAUUUUCCAAGGCUGUUGGGUUUGUAUCCUUAUUCCAUGAGAUAAAAAUCAUACUUACAUAUACUAAGUAACUUGUAUCAACUAAAAGACAUGAAGCCAGGUCCCAAGUCUAAGUCAUACUUAAUGAUUCAAAACUAAAUUUGAUUUAAAGGCACAAGAGCUCUGCCAGUCAUCCAGUCAACCUAUUGUGAUAAAUGUCUCUCUGAAGCAACGAAUGAACUUCUCUUUAUCUCACUAAAAUCCUAAUGCAGAUUUACAAAGAUGUCUCACACAUUUACUGUACUAGCUUCAAAACAAAUUUCUAAAAAUGUGUAUGAUUUGAAUAUAUGAAAGAAUUUAUACAAGAGUGUUAUUUAAAAUGAUUAAAAAUAAAUGUAUAUAAUUUGUACCUAUUGUA